UCCAAGUUCGCGUUUUUUCUCGCGCUCAGCCUCCUUAAAAUCCCUUCCUCUCACCCUCGGCUUCGGCCAUUUCCACUCCACCUGCAAACCCCACCGAGUGAGCCGUGGGAAGACGACUGAUAACACCCGAAGAUGAGCGAGCAGGCCAUCUCCUUCGCCAAGGACUUCCUGGCUGGCGGCAUCGCCGCUGCCAUCUCUAAAACCGCCGUAGCCCCCAUCGAGAGAGUCAAACUUCUCCUUCAGGUGCAACAUGCCAGCAAGCAGAUUACCGCUGACAAGCAGUACAAGGGCAUCAUCGACUGUGUCGUCCGUAUCCCAAAAGAGCAGGGCUUCGUUUCUUUCUGGAGAGGAAAUCUGGCCAACGUUAUCAGAUACUUCCCCACUCAGGCCCUUAACUUCGCCUUCAAGGACAAGUACAAGAAGGUUUUCCUGGAUGGUGUGGACAAGCGCACACAGUUCUGGAGAUACUUUGCAGGUAACUUGGCAUCAGGCGGCGCAGCUGGAGCCACAUCGCUCUGCUUCGUCUACCCCCUUGACUUUGCCAGAACACGUCUCGCUGCUGACGUGGGCAAAGCUGGAGCAGAACGAGAGUUUAGUGGCCUGGGAGAUUGUUUGGUGAAGAUCUUCAGGUCGGAUGGCCUCCGGGGUCUGUACCAGGGCUUUAAUGUUUCAGUGCAGGGCAUCAUCAUCUAUAGAGCUGCUUACUUUGGCAUCUACGACACAGCAAAGGGCAUGCUUCCAGACCCCAAGAACACACACAUUGUGGUCAGCUGGAUGAUUGCUCAGACCGUGACCGCCGUCGCCGGUCUUACUUCCUACCCCUUCGAUACAGUCCGUCGUCGUAUGAUGAUGCAGUCCGGACGCAAAGGAGCUGACAUCAUGUACUCUGGCACCCUCGACUGCUGGAGGAAGAUCGCACGUGACGAAGGAAGCAAGGCCUUCUUUAAAGGAGCGUGGUCCAACGUGCUCAGAGGCAUGGGCGGUGCCUUCGUGCUCGUCUUGUACGAUGAGCUUAAGAAAGUCAUUUAAAUUAUCUGUUCACUGUUCAUGUUGUGAAGUUUAACUGUAACAUAUCUUGUACAUUUGGAUGGACUUAAAUACAGAGUUAUGUUUAUAGGGACCAACUAGUACUUUCUACUAGUUGUACCAAGGGAAAUAUGUUAUGCACUAAUUUCUUGGCCCAUGGUUUUCUUCUUUCUGCCUCUCACAACAACCUCAUUCCCUAACCACAAGAACUUUGCCAGAAUAAGAGAAAUAAAGGCAACCUACUGAGUGAA